GCACCACCCCGUCGGCCUCCACGACGCAGGUCCCAACCGCUUCUGGUGGAUAGCAAGCUAGGCUCGGGGGAAUCUCGCCGUCGCAUCACCGCCGCCGCCGCCGCCCGCCGGUUCGAUCUGAGAAGCCGCCACCUCGCCGCCCGGAUCCCGAUGGCGCGGCUUCACUGGCUGGAGGCGAUGCUGCCGCUGGGAAUCAUCGGCGGCAUGCUCUGCAUCAUGGGGAACGCGCAGUACUACAUCCACAGGGCCGCGCAUGGCAGGCCGAAGCACAUCGGGAACGACAAUUGGGACAUGGCCAUGGCCCGCCGGGACAAGGUGCUCCUCCAUCAGGCCUCCUCCGAGAACAACUAGGAUAUUGAUCAACAAUAUCUAGCCUGGAUGUUGAUGAAGUUAUUUCAAAUGCCCAGAAUUACUCCUGUUAGUUUCCGUGUAUAAUGGGAAGCUGGGCUUAUGUUUUUGUUUACAACUUUUGAAUAUUGGAUGAAUAAUGUGUAUCUGGAAUCUGUUUAAUUACACAAAGUGGGUGUCGCUUGUCAAUUGUGUACCCAUUUCUCCCCAGGAGCUGAUCAUGACGAAAAUAUUUGUUGUUGUUGUUGUUGUUGUGUUUUUUUUUCUCUACUGUACAAAUUGAGCUAGUCACCGCGGUACUGGAGUUUGCCAUCCCCAGUGACAUUGUGAACUCUACCGUUGAUGCCUUGGGUCGUCUCCUGAUAGCUGUUUUCUGCCAAGAGUGCUGAAUAAAUGAACAUUAGCAGGACUUGUUUCAAA